GAGUUCGGUGGCUUGGCUCAAGAGUCCCGCUGUGAGCAACUGAAAACUGUUAGAACUAUUUGGAUAUUUUGCUUUCCCUUUUGAUAGCUGAGUAAAUCAAUCUGAUGCUCCUAACAACAGGAUGUGUUCCCACUAUCAAAGGGGAUGGACAGUCCUAUUACGACACUUCUUAUCAAGCACAGUUUAAGGGUGAAUGGAGUCCACCUGCAAAGCCACGUGAAAAGCACAUGUCUCCUAUUAAAUUUGGGGAUCCCAGAAGCACUGGAUCUGUGAGCGAGCAGAAACAUGCCUACAGUGCCCCAGACAAGAGGACACACAGAGUCUAUGACAAGGAACGUGCUGCCUCCCAGAUCCACCGCACGAACCUGCAGCUGGGGGAUGGUUGCACCAGAUUCUCCACCUCGACGUCAGAGCUCUUCCCAGUACAUAAUCUAGAGCCUGUAACUACUGCCCGUCUGAACAAAUAUCCCUCAUCCAUCCCCAGGGGUGAUGAAGACCCUGAAAGAAAUCAAGCGUUGCCAAGAACUACUACUACGCAGCUCUCCUACCCAGAGACCCGCAGGUGGAACCUCGCACCGAAGCCUGACUUCCUACUGCAGAAGCAUCGAAGCAAUAUCUGCGUGGGAGAUGAGCGUUCAGGCUCCCGUUUCUUCAGCACAACCCAGCACUGUGGUGGUUUGACCCUGGCUGGGUGCCAGGGGCCCACCAAAGCUGCCGGGCAUCACAUUUCAGUUUCGGAGGAACAAACGAGACGGCAGCCCUUCAUCGCCGGCGUCUCAGAUGCAGAAACUUGA